CAUUCACUCCAUCGCCGGCUGCACCCUGAGCGACUCGUUUAACAAGUGAAAAGUGGAAGUCAACCUCCCUUAGAGGUGACAUUCAGCCCCUUUCACGUGCACAGUGGUGGGAGUCGCAAGCGAGUCGACUCCGUCUCACUGGUACAACAUCCUGAAUCCUCUGUACACAAAGAGACCUUCUUCUUAUGAAAUAUGCAGUCGAACAAUUACCCGCAAUUUCCUAAUGCAAAUCAUGGAGCUGAUCUCAACAUUGCUCAGGGCAAUGCCAGCACGUUCACAGGAGGCUUCAACGCCGCAAACUAUUGGCCCAUGUACAUUGCAUGGUUGCAGAAUGCUUGCAAUACUCAACAACAACAGCAGUUGUCUUACAGUCAAAGCGCUCAGACGUUACAGCCUCAGCCCACUACUGUUCCGGCAAACUUGGCCAGCUCAAGUCAAGGUAGCACCCCCAAAUUCGGUUCUCAGGAGGAAUUUCUGCUUGCCUCAGUUCUUGAAUCCUCUGCGAGCCACGGGCUGUCUCAUAGUCAAGCCAUUGCUAAUCUUGCUGGGGUGAACGGGCACUCCGAAGCAGCCUGGAUGAGAUACUACAUCGACAACAUUACUCGAAUUAAUGCCGCUGUAUCGAACGGCCCCCAGGAAGCCUCACAGCUUACUAGUGGUCCCUCGAAGCCUCGUUCUCCUCCAAAGACCGCGUCUGCACACCGGUCUUACACCGACGGGAACGAAGACUCGGACCCGGAAGAGGUCGUCUCCUUACAUUCUACUCCGUCACGCGAACCUUCAAUUGCUAAAAACAAGACAACAUCCUUGCGCAAUGCUGCCUCUCUCCGUCAGGCGUCCUCGACCACCCCGAAGAACACUGUCGGUAGCUCACCUGGGAAUAUUCGUGCGAAGAAACUACAUUCCUCUAGGAUGCCAGCACUUUUGAAUCCAUCAGUGCCGAUAGCGUCACUCAAAUCGAAACCCGCAUUGAAAGCCCCGCCUCAGGCGCUAGCUAAGUCUGGACUCCGGUCGACUAAACCCACCAAGACGCCCGUCCCCCCUCGGUUCGUGGAGCGCGCGAAAACCAACCGCGGGAAUGCGUGGACCAGCGAGGACGACCGAUUCAUUGCCGAGGUCAUCACCUACGAACUAGAGCGCGGCCGGUGUACGAUAGACGAUAUGUGUGUCUCGAUGUUCAGACAGGCGGACCAUCAUUCUGCCCCCCAGUGGAAGAAAAGGACGACGGAACUCCCAGCCGCGAGAAAACUUCUCUCUGAUGCGGGUUUUCUACAGAAACGGUCUACGAAGGCUGUCCGGAUCCACACACCGGAUGAGGGAUCAGAGACAGGCGUCGACGAGUCAGUCGGUUCCGAUAAUCCGACUGGUUCAUCUAUUGGUGUCGAAGACGACCUGCAACUUUCAACAGAGGACGAGUCCGAGAUGGGCAAACACGGGCAUAAUUAUACGGACGCGGAUGCUCGCGCUAUGGCGAAAUGGAUCGCGAUGCAUCCUGAAUGGUCCGGAAUGACUGCAGCACAGAGAUUCAACGGUUUUGCAGAAAAAUAUUCUUCAAGAACUUUUCUCGCCUGGCAGGAGUAUUACAGGUCCCAUAAGGAAGACCUUCACCGUCGUGCAGAGGAAUAUCGAGCCCACACCACUGGCCAGUCAUUGCACGAGAAUACUCAAGAACAACACCAUGAGCCUGCGUCGAGUUCUGCACUGAAGAGUUCUCCCCUGAAACGGAAAGCAGAAGUCGAAAUGCCUUCGCGCAAGCGAGCAUGGUACCAGACUUGAUCGGUUUGUAUCAUAUGUCGCAUACUUUCUUGGGUUCAAUACAUUCUCCGCAUCUAUGUCUCCAGUAUCAUCGUGAAUGAACAGCGUCCACAUAGCUCUCUCCACUCUUGUUGGACAUCUCUCUUGUAUAUAACAUCUUGAUCGUAAUGUCCUCCUAGUACUGCGUACGUAUAUUUGCGGUCGGGCCUAGAUACUGAACUGAAGCACUGUUGAUUGGGUGUCGACUCGUGAGUCGUGCUUUGACCUGUAUGGUAGUACUUGUAGAAGUGAGCGCGCGCCGUCCAUUUCGGGUGGUUCUUUGUAGUUCUGCUGUUUGGACUUG